AUGAAGGUCAUUUUAACUCCAAUAAUUUUUGGAGUUUUGGCGUGCUGGAGUACGCUUUCGGUAAUUGCGGAAGAUCGAUCUUUGAUUUUCACAUGGGAAAUUACUAAAGGAACAAUUUUUCCUCUUGGUGUUCCUCAAGAGGCUAUUCUUAUCAAUGGCCAAUUUCCAGGCCCUACAAUUGAUGCCAUCACUAAUGAUAAUAUUGUUGUCAAUGUUAUUAACAAGUUGGAUGAUAAAUUUCUCAUUACAUGGAGUGGUGUAAAACAAAGAAGGACAUCAUGGCAAGAUGGAGUUUUAGGAACAAAUUGUCCAAUCCCUCCAAAGACAAACUGGACAUACAAAUUUCAAUUAAAAGAUCAAAUUGGAACCUACACAUAUUUCCCAUCAACCAAAAUUCAUAAAGCUGCUGGUGGUUUUGGAGGACUCAAUAUUGCCCAAAGAUCGGUUAUAGCCAUUCCAUAUCCUGCCCCGGAUGGUGAAUUCACCCUACUUAUUGGUGAUUGGUACAAGACCAACCAUAAGGUACUAAGGAGACUAUUGGAUCUUGGCAAAAGCCUUCCUUUACCUGAUGCUCUUCUUAUAAAUGGUCAAAAAGAUAUUGCUGUAUUUACAGGAGAAGCAGGGAAGACAUACAAGUUCAGAGUAUCCAAUGUAGGGAUAGCAACUUCAAUUAACUUUCAAAUUCAGGAUCAUUCAUUGAAGCUCAUUGAAGUUGAAGGUGCUCACACAUUGCAAGAAACAUAUAAGUCACUCGAUAUUCAUGUCGGACAAUCAAUGACAUUUUUAGUCACACUAGAUAAAUCAGUUAGCGACUAUUACAUCGUUGCAUCGAGCCGUUUCGUCCAGCCUAAUCUUACUUCCACUGCAACGCUUCGAUAUUCUGGAUCAAACCGUAAGGUCUCGGGUCAAUUACCCAUUGACCCGACUAUCGAUCUAGAUUGGUCCAUGAAGCAAGCUAGAACCAUUAGACUGAACUUGACAGCAAAUGCCGCUCGGCCAAAUCCACAGGGAUCGUUCCACUACGGAACCAUCCCUGUGAUGAGGAUAUUGCAAUUGGCAAACUCAAAAUCUGUCAUAAACGGAAAGCUACGAUACGCAGUAAACGGAAUUUCACACAUCAAUCCAAGCACUCCAUUGAAGCUUGCUGAUUAUUUCAACAUUCCCGGAAUCUUCGAUCUCAACACAAUCAAGGAUGCUCCUUCUCCAGGCUCCAUUGUCAAAUUUGGAACAUCUGUCGUAGGUUUCACUCUUCAUGACUUUGCAGAAAUAAUCUUCCAGAAUAAUGAAAACACUAUUCAGUCAUGGCACAUGGAUGGAUCUAGCUUCUAUGUUGUUGGAUUUGGAAAUGGCAUAUGGACACCUAAUGUGAGAAACACUUACAAUUUGGAUGAUGGUAUUUCAAGACACACUGUUCAGGUGUAUCCAAAAUCAUGGACAGCAAUAUUGGUGUCUUUGGACAAUAAGGGCAUGUGGAAUUUGAGGUCUGCAAUAUGGGAAAAUAGAUAUUUGGGACAAGAGUUGUAUAUGAGGGUUUGGAACAAUGAACAAAGCCUAUACACUGAGACUAAUGUUCCUUUGAAUGCAUUGUUUUGUGGCAAGGCUAAACAUUUGCCUAAAUUUUAA